CGGGCCCAUAAAGUUUGUGUAAACCGGUCCGGUCCGAUCUUAACCGGGAGCGAGUUGUGUGUGUAAAGAGCGGAGUAUCUUUCUCUCAGUCAACGAAAGUGCUGCUGCUCAUUGUUCCUUCCUCAGAUCGAAAAGCGAAGAAGAUAGCGACGACAAUGGCGGCGACACCGAUUGCGAGUCCUAUUCCGGUGGCGAUGUACCCGACUCUGUCGGUGGUCACUCUAGCGAUUGGCCUCGUGAUCACAGCUUUCUUCUACAUCUAUGAAGCUACAUCAUCGAGGAAAAACCGUAGCCUCGGGAAGGAGCUCGCGACUGCAGCAGUAGCAUCUGUCUUCUUGGGGUUUGGAUCGUUGUUUUUGCUACUUGCUAGUGGUGUUUAUGUCUGAUCCAUCUUGCUCAAUACUAUCCCCAGCUAGUUUCAAUGAACAAAAAAAACAGGACUUUUAUGUCCAACUUAAAUCAGAGUUUUGAAUGUUAAGACUUCAACUAUCUUUUGUGCCUUUUAAUGCUAAACGGAGUUUGGAUGUGGCCG